UACAGGAUAUUCGACGGAACACAGCCUUUGCACCAAGGGUAAUUAAUGAAGUUAAUGCUUUAAAAAAAACAGAGGAUAACAGACACCAGCGCCCCCUGGUGGUGCAUGAGAGCCACGCAGCUCUGUGGGAAUAAAGGCUCCAUCAUCAUCAUCAUCAUCAUCAUCAUCAUUCUCCUGCGAUACGAGCAUCGUUUCGGCGGAGAUCGGGGCAUCCUCCCAGCCCGACACUCAUGACUGCUGAAUAGGGUUUUACAUCUGCGGACAAACCAGAGGCUCACUAGGACAGAUGAUGGCGAAGCACCGUAAGGACAGAGACAGCUGGGGUGAGUGGUCCCUUGGUGAUAAAAAUGUUUACGAUUGGAGCUCAGAGGAGGAGGAGCCUGACGACAGAGCUCGCCCCAUUCAGGUACUGCUGGUUAAAGAUGACCACACCUUCGAGUUGGAUGAGGCGGCGCUGAGCCGCAUCCUCCUGGCGGAGGAUGUCCGAGACCGAGAAGUGGUGGCCAUCUCUGUGGCCGGAGCUUUUCGCAAGGGCAAGUCCUUCCUCAUGGACUUCAUGCUGCGCUACAUGUACAACCACGCGUCCGACAGCUGGCUCGGAGACGCUGAUGAGCCACUAACUGGUUUCUCCUGGAGGGGGGGCUCAGAGAGGGAGACCACUGGGAUCCAGAUCUGGAGCGAGGUCUUCCUGGUGGACAAACCAGAUGGGAGGAAGGUUGCUGUUUUGCUAAUGGACACCCAGGGCACGUUUGACAGCCAGUCGACACUCAGAGAUUCGGCCACGGUGUUCGCUCUGAGCACCAUGAUCAGCUCCAUGCAGGUUUACAACAUCUCCCAGAAUGUACAGGAAGACGACCUGCAGCACUUACAGCUUUUUACUGAGUAUGGAAGACUUGCAAUGGAGGAAACUUUCCUUAAACCAUUCCAGUCUAUGAUUUUCCUGGUUCGAGACUGGAGCUUUCCAUAUGAGUUUCCCUAUGGACAGGAAGGAGGCAUGAAAUUCCUUGAAAAGAGACUGAAGAUCUCAGAGAACCAGCACGAGGAGCUGCAGAACGUCCGCAAACACAUUCACUCCUGCUUCACCAACAUCUCCUGUUUCCUGAUGCCUCACCCAGGACUCAAAGUGGCCACUAACCCACACUUUGACGGAAGAAUUAAAGAAAUUGAUGGUGAGUUCAUCAAUAACCUGAAGGUCCUGGUGCCAUGGCUGCUCAGUCCUCGCAACAUUGACGUGAAGGAGAUCAACGGCAGUAAAAUCACCUGUCGUGGCUUGUUGGAGUACUUCAAGGCGUACAUAAAAAUUUACCAGGGUGAAGAGCUGCCACAUCCCAAGUCCAUGCUCCAGGCCACAGCAGAGGCCAAUAAUCUGGCAGCAGUCGCAGCCGCAAAGGAUCUUUACAACAAGAAAAUGGAAGAGGUCUGCGGGGGGGACCGGCCCUUCCUGGCCCCCAGCGAGCUGCAGACCCGCCACAGCGCCAUCCGAGAGGAGGCUCUACAGGUCUUCCGUGGAGUGAAGAAGAUGGGAGGGGAGGAGUUCAGCCGCCGCUACCUGCAGCAGCUAGAGGGGGAAAUCGAUGAGGUGUUCGUCCAGUACAUCAAGCACAAUGACUCCAAGAACAUUUUCCACGCGGCCCGCACGCCGGCCACGCUGUUCGUGGUCAUCUUUGUCAUGUACGUGGCUGCAGGCAUCACAGGCUUCGUGGGUGUGGACAUCAUUGCCAGCUUAUGUAACAUGAUCCUGGGUCUGGCGCUGAUCACGCUCUGCACCUGGGCCUACAUCCGCUACUCUGGGGAAUACCGAGAACUGGGCGCCGUCAUCGACCAGGUGGCUGGUGCACUGUGGGACCAGGGGAGCACAAAUGAGGCUCUGUACAAGCUGUAUAAUGUAGCGGCCAAUCACAGGCACCUGUAUCACCACGCCUUCCCUGGGCCUCAGGUGGACGAUGUGGCGGAGGAGCAGGACAAGAAGAAGGACUGAUUCAAUCAGACGGAACACAGCAGGGACUUCCUGGGGGGGUGUUGAGGGCGAGGAGGUGGCGGAAAAUCCUCACUCAUCAGGCACUGUUUUCUUCAGUAUUGGCCAUGUGGUCCAAUACAUCCACUACUUUAAACCUAAUACAGACUGAAUAAUGUUCAUGUAUCGGCACCAUCCUCAACAGGCGCCUGUUUCCAAGUGCAGGAUGUAUCACUGUCUCUCACUUUAGUGUGUGAAGAUUCCACCUGUACAGAUAUACAGUACAUAGACCAUCGGCGUAUCCACUCCCAGUCCGCUGUUUAUUUCACAUCAACACGGGUUUUCAACAUUCGCCAUUAGAUGAUUUAUAGUCAAAUCUGUGAACUCCCCAUUUGUGAUGAUUGUUUUGUUCUUCAAAGUUUAGUGCUGUUUAUAAGAAACAUAAUUAUCUAUGUGAUGUUUGGAAGCCAAAAUAUGUACUGUAUGUUAAAUACUGAAGCGUUAGAAGCAUCAUCAGCAUGGUAAAUGGUUAAUGUCUGUCAUCUUAGGCUCUAAAAACCAGCUAUACUUUAAAAUAAUGAGCAUUUUUUUUUAGUUGUUGUGAUUAUGUGGUAUAGUGCCAUGACAUGUACAAAUUAUUUGACAUCUACAGGAGCCUCAGUGGCAUAUUUCUCAGUUGUAUGGGCACAUUCUAGGUCCAAACCACUGUCCCACAACCUAAAACACGUACCAAAAGGAUGCAAGUCUUUGAUGGUAACUAAAAUCCUUCUUUUAUCUAUUGAAUCCUUCUAGGGAUGCACUGAGGCCAAACACUCUAGGUCAAGACUGAUAUUUAAAAUGACAUUUUUGCCAAUAGCUGAUGUCAAUACCAGUGUUUUGUUGUAUUUAUCUGACCCUUUACAAAAGAAAUCGUCAUUAUAAAUAUCAAAGUAGUUCCUAUUUUCAGCCCCUCAUUACAUUAUCUUUACACUGAAUGACAACACAAAUUCAAAUAUACAAAUUUAUGGAGAAAGUGUUAAUAUAACAUGACAGAUAAGUAUCUGCCACAGCCAUCAGUGAAAAUACAUCUUAUAUGCCAGUAUCAAUGUGUAGGUGAUAUAUCAAUGCACCCUGAGGUGGGGCCAUUUUGGUAGCAGCAAAUUCAGACCAUUCAAUUCAAUUUCUCAAUGUCUUAUUUCAGAAAAUGGGUGUCUGAUAGUGAAAUUCUUUAAAAGGACCAUAUUUUUCAUGAUAAAACAGAUCCAGGGGCUGUAAAACAUUAAAUCAAUCAGCUGAGACAGAUUUCAGAUAAUGUUUGGAAUUCUGUAUAUCCUGAAUUAUUCCACCUGUUUGUACAAUUGCUGCCCUCAGGCUAUGUCUCCGUCUACAGGUUGGUAUCCAUGGUACAAACAGGACAGGAGUAUGGUCAGUUGCAGCUCAUUUGCAUUUUAAAGUAACGGACACUGAAACAGCCUGUUAAGAAGAAAAUUAAACACAAGAGGAAUCAGAUGUACACUGAACAAUCUGAGAAGGAUUUGGAGAAGCUUGGUCUUGGACCUCUGUCAUUAAUGUAAAAAGCUCCUAAUUUCAGACUUCUGAACACAUUAUCUACAAUAAUGCUGGGUCUUAUCUUCUCAGUCUGCGCCCUUUACGGAGAUAGGAAAACGUAUUAAGGCUUUAUGACGUUGAAAGAAAAUAUGAAGGAGGUACCUGCUAAACUGGGACAUUUCCUCCUAAAUCUUACACACUGGAUUUUCAAAGACUUAAUAAAAUGGAUUCAGGCAUGCUCAUCGUUUUCCUCACUUCAUGUUGAAUCUACUGCAUAGUGGAUACCUGUGGGUCAUGAGCUAAGCUUUGGGAACAGAUGCUGUAGAUGUAAAGUUUACACAUGUUAAACUUACCGUUUUCUGAGUGACUGUGGGUUUCAACAGAUGAUAGAGUGAAGGGUAGGGGAGGAUCUUCAUAAACAUGUACAGUUUGCAUGCUUACUUGCAUUUUUUUGGUUGUGGGACAGCAGUUUACACCACUUGGGUGGAAUGGACCAUCUAGAGUUUUGUUUCCCAGGUUGGUGGAUCAGGGAAGAACAGUGGGUGGAAACAUAGUGGCCACAGUUUACAAAACAUAGCUGACAUGUCUCACUUAUUCGUCUGUUUGCACUUCUGUAAUUCUGCAGCAUCCCAGUGACUGUGUCUGUGCUUUGGGCCUUUGAGGGAAACAGUGUGUUUGCUUUCCAUUGUGAGCAGAGCUGGUGGGUGAAACCAUUGUUGUGUUUCUCACUGAAUGUUCGAGCAAAUCCAUGGAAUGUAGCUAUUCUGCAGCCACCGAGGAAUCGAAGUGAAAUGUUAUUAGGUGGGGUGACACGCCUGCUUGGAAAAGGAUCUUCAUUCCACAUCUCUUUCAUCAUCUUCUCACACUUAAGUUGAAUCAUCUGUGAAACUGUUGCAUGGUGAAAGAGGCCCAGCCUGACUUGUGUGUUUCCAAAACCGCUUGCACUUGUAAACAAAAGGCUUGUAUUGGUGACAGCACUUUUUGGUGUUUGAACACUCUGGCUUAGUGGACUGUUACUGUACAUGUGUAGAACUGUGGCUAUCGGCUUUGUUAUUUCAAAACUCAUGGUUAUAGCAGUGGAAGAUGUUUGCAUCAGCUUCAGCACAAAAGCAUCUUUUUUUUUCAUGCAGGUCUGGUUGCCAGCAGUAGAGGAACACUGUCAUGCAUAUUUAUCAAGUUUAUACUGAGGUUUGACCACAAGGGUUGAAAAUGUAAAGGCACUGCAGCAGAGUGGCUUCUGAGUCUUCCACAAUGUAUAAUCAGCAUCAGUGAGGCCUUCACACAAAAACCAUCUAAGUCCGGUUUAAGAUGCCGUACUGGCUUCAAGUCUUAGGCCACCUUUAGCUUGGUUGUUUUGCAGGGUUUUAAUGAACAUAUGAUUCUUUCCCCUCAACCUCUUUAAGACAGAUGCAAGAAAAGAAAUCAAAUCUGUGAAUACAGCAAAAAAACACCUAAUUAUCAGUAAAUGACAGUUACACCUAGAAGUUAAAAAGUUCUCUUUUAGAUGCCUGUAUUUUGGCCAGCAUCAUUUAGUUUGUGUGUAAGAGGGCUGGGAAAGAGCAAAGACUAUUAUUGUCAUGUUAAACACUACCAACACCCUUCAAAACCUUUUGGCUACAUAACAAAUUUUGACACAGAGCUGUGUUCAAGUAUUGUAAAGUUAAAUGUAUAAACACACUUCUGCUGGCUGGGCUAAUUAUCAGGCUAGCUGGCAGACAAUGUAAGUCAGUAGGAAUUAUUGCUAACAUUAGUGCAGCUAAUUCAGUUAGUUACCUUGCAGCAAAAUUAAUGACAGAAUCCUCUGUCACAUAAACGUAACUUCUCAUCCACAACAACAGAGCUACCUGCCAGCUGUGUGUGUGUUCAUAUAACACAUAUAUAGCAUAAAUAAAGUCAUUAUAACCUUGAUAAAACAAAAUAAUGGUGGCCUUAAACUUUUGUCCAGUACUGUACAUUAGGUUUUAAAAUCCCAUUUUUCAUGAUGAUGUUGGAAUAUCAUAUCCUUUUAAAAUAUCACAACAGUAGCAUUUACUUACAAAAUGUUGCUUUUUCUUCAGAUAUAUUAAGUGAAGAUCUUGCCCGUUAGAAAAGACAAAGAAGA